AUGAGUCAAACACUCGCAAACCAUAUUGACCAGGAGGUCCAGAUUGCUGCUGACGACGAUUUGGAUGACAAUCGGUCAGAGCUCGAAAGUGUUGGCUCUGUCGGCUCAUCAAGCACCAGCUUGGCCAGUUCUAUUCGUGAUUAUCAUUUUGAGAAUGGCCGGACGUAUCAUCGUUACAAGGAAGGCAAAUAUAACUUGCCCAACGACGAAAGAGAGAACGAUAGAUUGGACUUGCAACAUCAUAUCUGCCUCAUGACGCUAGGAGGCAGUCUUGGUCUGGCACCGCCAUGUCAGCCAGACUUUCAAGUUCAGCGAGCACUUGACCUCGGUACUGGCACAGGAAUUUGGGCCAUUCAAUUCGCCGAUGACCAUCCUGAAUGCGAGGUUCUUGGUGUUGAUCUGUCCCCAACCCAGCCAGAUUUUGUUGCUCCAAAUGUCAAAUUUGAAGUUGAUGAUGUAGAGGACGAAUGGACGUUUGCGCAUCCAUUCGACUACAUUCAUAGCCGUUUCAUGACUUCAAGCAUUUCCAACUGGAAAGAGUAUAUUACGAAAUGCUAUGACAAUCUGACACCUGGCGGGUAUCUCGAACUUCAAGAGAUUGAAAUGAGUCAUCAAUCUGAUGAUGGAACCUUUCCCUCGGACUGUGCCCUCGCCCGCAUGUUUACUCUCUUGAAAGAGGCAGCAAUCACUUUUGGGCGUGCAUUCGUCGACCCACUCCAACUCAAGUCCAUUAUGGUGGAGGUGGGCUUUGAGGAUGUGGUUGUUGCCCAAUACAAGUGGCCUACAAAUGGCUGGCCCAAAGAUCCUAAAUGGAAGGAGCUCGGGCUAUGGACCCUAGAAAACUAUCUGAUCGGGCUUGAGGCCCUUGCUAUGGCGCCUCUCACUCGUGGCCACAACUGGACCCGGCAGGAAGUUGACGUUUUCCUUGUUGAAGUCCGCAAAGACCUGAAGAACCGAGCGUUCCAUAGCUACUCGCCGAUGUGGGUUAUAUCCAUUCUGAGACGAACCAUCUCAUUUCCAUCUUCGUUUCAUGCGAGUUAUACUGACCAAAGCCUUCAGAUACUUCGUAUACGGACGAAAGCCAUUGAAAGAAGACAGCCCAGCACCUCUGCCGGCUGCGGCUACCCCUCAAGCUGA